CUCGUUGAGGUGGAAGAGCGCGCGAGUUGACCCUUGCAAAGGAACUCCGAGUGUUGCCCAAGAGGAUGUUUCUGUGUUAAGCAUAGCGAGCACCUCAGCCAUGAUGAAGGAGCGCAACUGUGAAGCUUUCUUGGGCUUAUAGAUCAUGACAAGUGAAUCAAUUCAUACGCAUCAGUGGCACAGCGUGCAUCGUAUGAAACACUUUCCAGGGCGCUUGCCAUCCGCCCUGCCAGAUCUUUGGGCCCAGCAAGGCAGACACAUGAGGCAGGAGUCCGUCCAGCGCAUUGCUGAAUGAAGCAUUUGUAGGGAUGCCCGGCAGACGCAUGUUGGGCUGCUGUCUCAGUGCUUGGGCCCCAGACCCAACUUCCACCAACCGACCUCAAGCAGCAGAAGAAUGCUGAUGCAGAUGUAAGUUACACAACACAAGUAAUGCAAGGACUGCUUCCUUACAGCGGCCGUUGCCAGUCGAAUGUUUCGCACUCCAUCUGAGCUUUGGCUUCACUAUGCUUGCAGAGGCUAAGGAGCAAAGUUUUGCCCUUGACAUGCUGGCUUGCGCAGCCAAGCGCGCUAUGUCAGUUGUUGAGACACAUGACCAUUCCACCGACUCUGCCUUGUUGGCUGCCUGGUUAGCUCGCAGUGCCUUCGCAAUGUUGCAUAUAGGUACUUUAGGACCUCGUGGUAAAUUUGCGAGGUUCCCUUUAGGUCAUAGUGCAAGCGCUCGUUUUCACUGCGCACCGAGCAAAAGUACAGCGCGGGCAGCUGCUCCGAAGCCAACAUCCCCACGCGCCAAGGUGAACGUGGCUGUGCUUCCAACAGCAAAUCUAUUUGCGCUUACGACCCGUCGAGCACGGCGCGAGGGGCAGGUGUCAUCGACGCAAGCAGAUGCGAACACACUAUUACGUCAUUAGAAGCGCAAGUCUCUCUUCAAGGCGCGGGCCGCAUUGCUAUCGCAGAAGUUUGGGAAGCAGCGUGUUGAAUUGACUUGUUCGUUUCCUUUUUUUGGGCUCGCCAUUGUCUUGUUUCACGUUUGGCGCAUUGCUGUUUUUCGCAGGACACGUAGGGAGCAUAGGGCCCUGAGCAAAUUGAUGCAAGCGCGCUUAAGUUCAGGGGCCAAAGAGAAGCCGCAAGUACAACAAAGACGCAUCAGUGCAAGCGCCAAGGCCCGGCUCGAGGCUGGCGCAUGGCGCGCCCCCUUUGACCUUGACUCGCUGGCAUCCCAGCCGCCCAGGGAGUGAGCUUAGCUUUGCUGGGAACCACGAGUAAAAGUAGCAUUACCCGGGCGCGUGUUUGCCGUCUGUUUAGACUUGCCAUUUCGACGUUCCUGGCAAGUCUUGGUCUGCUUAGAUUUGCGACAAGUGUGGGGUGGGGGAACGGAGCGACACCGCAGGGAACUUGUCCAAAGCAAUAUUUUGCAUGGGGAUGCACAGAGUCGCCGGAAUGCCGUGCCUGGCAGCUUGACGCUUUCAAUCGCUUCUCCAACGCCAAUCAGCUGUCGCAGGUUGAGAACACCAUGUUGGACUUGCGUGAUGCAGCAAGCUGCCUUUGCCCCAUGGCAUCGGAGGAAGUGCUCGCAGGCCGACAGUGCCUGUGGGCUUCUAGUCCAAGACCUCGAGCUGCAAUCCCACAGGCGCCUGGAGAAGUUUCUUUGGCGUGGAAUGCCAUGGUUGCGAGAAGGGUUUCCAAAUGUUUCCAGCAAAAGGAGGCUAGGUAGCCCAGCCGCGUGCCAUGGGAAAACCACUAUGAUAUCGGGGGCCUCUCGUAUCGUGCGUUGUUCACAGACCCUCUUGAGAAGAUGGUAUUUGCACGAGUCCUUGCGCAGUUUGCACUUGGGAGUGUUGCCGCAGCUCUUCCACGGAAGAUUUGGCCUCCAUUGAGCAGCACCAUCAUGCUGGUCAGCGGACUGUCCUAAUCUGGUGGACGCCAUGCGCUUCAACUGUUCAUUGGAUUCUUUUGUUGACUUGAAUGUGGCAUGCGCCCGGCCGUGCCAGCGCUGGCUUGCCUCGCAUUCCCAAUUGACCAGCGUUUCUUUGCCUGCAAGCUAAAGUAGUAGGGAGAGGAGCAUUAUUCUUGAAGAUGUGUACCGCACCACACGCCCAAGCAUGCGGAAAGCUUUGUGGAAGGGUCUUCUUUCGCGGAAGGUUUUGCGGAACUCGCUGAUGCGAGUUUGGCCGCUGGUUAUAUUUGUCCCCAAUGCGGGCUCCGGACUUGGAGCCUUGUGGCUUAUGAACUGUUUCAAUUUGUGUCGGUGGAGAACCACGCGGAAACGAUUGCAGAAGUAGAGAGGUGUUGCUUACGGGAAGAGCGGUUGCCAGCAGCAAGCCAAGAGGACCAAAACAUUUGCAGGCAGUAGCCCAAUGGAGCCCAGCCGAUACGGCGUGCUUGGGCAAUCUCUGCUGGAUGGUUCAGAUUCAGACGUUGCGUUGCAUCCUGUUCUGCAGGCCUGCUGCUUUCGCUUCGACAAGCCCUGGCUUUCACUGGCAGGCGCUCAGGCGGAACAUUACUUUCCUUGCUUAAACAUCUUAAACUGACUUUCCUUUUCCUUUCUGCACCAAUACUGAAGCAAAUCUUGUAAAACAUGCGCCGCGGAAGGUUUGCGGAAGCAACCGAUGAAAGGCAUGUGCCGCGGAAGUCCGCGGAAGGGACCUCUUGGCAAGCAAGGAUGUGCCUUCCGAGGUUUGUGCAGAGCAGGCCGCAAAGCAGAGGCCUCCUGUCGCAGCGUUCCCUCUGGAACGAGCCGAAGCCCGUCGUGGCAGCUUUGACCAUUCCAACGCCAGAUAUGUGUGGAUCGGGCCAGAAGCGAAGACCUCACAUCCAUCCAUUGAAGCAGCGCUUUUCGAGCCGACAUGCUCAGUAGCUCUUUUGGCUCAAGCCGAGUCAAUAUUUUGUUGCUGAUGGAGGAGAAGGAAGACCAGGGCCAUUUGUAUGGCUAUGGCGACCCAUCGGCGAAGCGCUCCAAGUUGCAGGAGAUCGUCGAACAGCGGGAGAAGGAUGUGGCACUCGCCAAAAGUCAGAAGGCUGGCGAAGACCUGCGGAAAGAAGUCUUGAAGUUCAAAGCCGAGUUUGGAGCUCCGCAAUCUCUGGUGGACUGCAUCAGCGAAGCGGAGAAGACGCCGUGGAAGCUGGCCCUGGCCGCGGAGUUCAAGCGCGCUUCGCCCUCCAAGGGCGACAUCUCGCCCGACUUAGAUGCCGCCGAGCAGGCCUUGCAGUACUCCAAAGUGGGAGCCAGCAUCCUCUCAGUGCUGACCGAGCCCAAAUGGUUCAAAGGCUCACUGGAAGACUUGCGCAACGUCCGCAUCAGGACCCAGGAGUGGGCGCAAAAGGAAGGUCGCCGGAGGCCAGCCUGCCUGCGCAAGGAUUUCCUGGUGGACGAAUACCAGGUGGAUGAAGCGUUGGCACACGGCGCCGACACAGUGUUGCUGAUGGUUUCCGUCCUGUCAAAGUCCAGGCUUCAAGCCUUGGUCAAGUACUGCAGGGACAACAGCAUCGAACCCCUAGUGGAAGUGGUGACGACUCAAGAGUUGGAGGUUGCUCUUAGCGUGGGCGCCAGUGUGAUUGGCGUCAACAACCGCAACUUGCAUACUCUGGUCUUGGACAAGAACAGAACUGCUGCCAUUGCGGAGGAGCUCCAGGGCCGCGUGGCCUUCGGGGCCGCGGAGCGCACGAAGCUCCUGGCGCUGAGCGGCCUGGCCACCGCGGAGGACGUGGCGCAGUGCCGCGCCAUAGGCUGCAGCGGCGUGUUGGUGGGAGAGGCGCUGAUGCGCGCCGUGGACCCAGGUGCUGCCAUCCUGUCGAUGAUGGCAGCACCGGCUUCGGAGGCCCUGCCCGUUGCCCCGGGCGCGGUGCUGGUGAAGGUCUGCGGCGUGGUGCGGCAGGAGGACGCCUCCUGCGCCAUCGGGGCCGGCGCCAACCUCGUGGGCGUCAUCUUCGCCAAGUCCAAGCGCCAGGCCUCUCUGGACCAGGCCACGGCCGUGGUGCAGGAGGUGCGCCGCUUCGGGGAGCGGGGCGAGCGGCUGCUGCGGGUGCCGGAGAAAAGCCUCUGCGCCAGGUCCGGCGCAUUGCGGAGGGCGUGCCAAAGAGGUCCCUUGGUGGUGGGCGUGUUCAUGGAUCAGAGUGUGGAGGAGGUGGCCGAAAGGGCCGCGGCAGCCGGGGUGGACGCCGUGCAGCUGCACGGCGGGGAGGACGUCGCCUUUGUGAAGGAACUGCAGAAGCGGCUGCCCGACACGUGGCUCAUCAAGGUGACACAUUUACCACCGGGAGAAGCGUCAGGCGAGCUGAAAGAGCUGAAAGAGAGUCUGCUCUCCUACGGCGAGGUCUGUGAUGCUCUCCUGCUUGAUACUGCGGUGAAAGGAAGCCAUUCAGGUGGCACCGGCGUGGCUUUUGACUGGAAGGUCGCUCAGAGAUGUCAGGAGGAGUGGGGCGUUCCGGUGAUCGUUGCUGGCGGGCUGACAGAUUCGAACGUGGCGGAGCUUGUCGCGGGAGUGAACCCAUUCGGCGUGGAUGUGGCCAGCGGUGUCGAAGAUUCUCCUGGCAUCAAGAAUGCUGAGAAGACACCGCGGUAUGUGCGGGAGGCGAAGCGGGCUCGGCUUUCGUCUUGAAGCUUCUUGAGCGAACAGGAAGCAUGCCAAAGAGAGCAGCUGACGCAAAGACUAUGGAUUUGCUCUUGAAAAGCGUCAGCUCUGGGCAUGGCAGCAAUCUUGCUGGCUCAGCAAGGUGGAAGGACAUGCUCCAAUUGCUUGUGCACGGGGCGUUCCCUGAGAUGGGGCGAUU